CCGUCGCCGCCUCUGACCGCCGCCCCUUUCUUCUCUACCGCUGGAACCACGCUCUUGUUCCCUGAAGCCACUAGCAAGUCACGCUCUAUUCCAGACAACCGUCCUGCGAGCUCGCCGACACCACAACCUUCGCACACGCCGCCGUCUGCCUUCGUCUUUCUCCGCUGGUGCCAACAUGGAGGGUUUAGGCAGCCAUGCUAUGAUGGACUCAACGGAGUUGAAGGUUAGUGAGUUAUUGAAAGAGGUCCACCUUUAUCAUUCCUCUCACUUCUCCAGCAUCGUUGAUAAAACCGUCUCCGCCAUAAAGUCAUGCAUCGACGAAAUCCCCGUUGACUUCAAGGUAACUGCGGAUGUAGCACCGAAAUUCGUGAGGGACAUUGGUGCGGAUAAGGUUGACUUCAAGUUUAAGAAGCCAUCACUCAUCGAAAUCGGAGGCAGUUAUUCUAUUCAGAGUCUCGCUAGACCUGAGCUCAAUGUUGAUCUUAUUAUCAGGUUACCCAAGGGGUGUUUCCACGAGAAAGAUUACUUAAAUUAUAGGUACCAUGCCAAAAGGUGCCUUUAUCUCUGCUUGAUCAAGAAGUACUUGGAGGCUUCUCCAUCUAUUGGUAAGGUUGAAUGGUCUACCUUUCAGAAUGAAGCCCGAAAGCCUCUGCUGCUUGUUUAUCCAGCUGCAAAGGUUGCUGAAGUUCCUGGUCUUUUUGUAAGAAUCAUUCCGUCAGCUACGUCUCUAUUUACCUUAUCAAAGCUGAACAUGAAGCGUAAUAACAUUCAUAAUUUGAAUCAUGGGACCACACUUCAAGCUACGCCAAAGUACAAUUCUAGCAUUCUGGAAGACAUGUUUCUAGAGGAUACAGAAUUUGUCAACAAAACAUUUCUUGGUUGGAAGGAAAUAAGAGAGGCUUUGAUCCUGCUUAAGGUUUGGGCUCGACAGAGAAGUUCAAUAUAUGUUCAUGAUUGCCUGAAUGGAUUUUUGAUUUCUGUCAUACUGGCAUAUCUUGCUUCUAGGCAACAAAUCAGCAAUUCAAUGAAGGCAAUCGAAAUAGUUCGGGUUACUUUGAACUUCAUUGCAGCUUCGGAGUCGUGGAGCCGAGGGCUAUACUUUCCAAAGACAGGCCUGAGUAGUAUUACAAAAGAGGAAAAGAUUCAGCUUAAAGAGUCAUUUCCUGUUAUCAUAUGCCAUCCAUCUGGAGGAUUCAAUUUGGCUUUCCGAAUGUCUAGAAAUGGUUUAAAUCAGCUUCAAGAUGAGGCUGCUUUGACACUUAAGUGCAUGGAAAAGUGUAGAGAUGGCGGAUUUGAGGAAGUUUUUAUGACCAAGAUAGACUAUGCGGUUAAAUACGACUAUUGCAUAAGAUUAAAUUUGAAGGGAAAGAAGGAGGUAUAUGUAUCAGGAUUUUGUUUGGAUGAUGAGUGCUGGAGAUUGUAUGAGGAGAAAGUACAUGGUAUUUUAGCCAAAGCGUUGAAUGACAGAGCAAAGUCGAUCCAAGUUACAUGGAGAAACACACAAUGCCAAUGGAGUGUGAAUGAUGGAUUGUCUGUACUUGAUAAAGAACCAUUGUUCAUAGGAAUUUCAGUGAGUACUUUGGAGAAAGCAUUUAGGAUAGUUGAUAUUGGCCCAAAUGCUGAAAGUAAAGAUGAGGCUCUGGAGUUCCGGAAGUUUUGGGGAGAGAAAGCAGAGCUUAGAAGGUUUAAAGAUGGUAGAAUUGCUGAAAGCACAGUAUGGGAAAGUGACCAAUGGUCAAGGCAUCUUGUUUUGAAAAGAAUAGUUGAGCAUGUGAUUGGUCGGCAUCUUUCUCUAUCCAUGGAAAAUAUUAUAGGUGCUGUUGAUCAACUGGAUUUCUCUUUGGUUCAUGGUGCUGGAGAUCCUGUAUCAUACUCUGGAAAUUUGCUUGGGGCAUUUGAUCUUUUAUCAAAGCGCUUGCGUCUUAUUGAAGACCUCCCUUUGAAGGUGUCAAGUGUACAACCUUUAGACUCUGCUUUCAGGCUUACAUCAGUCUUCCCUCCUGAACCUCAUCUUCUAGCUAAUGAAAAAUUUGAAUCUCUGAGACUUAAUAAGUAUGUUCCAUCGUGCAUUCAACCUCUGGAAGUCAUGAUUCAGCUGGAGGGUUCUGGAAACUGGCCAAUGGAUGAAAUUGCUAUUGAAAAGACAAAAUCUAGUUUUCUUAUUCAAAUCGGAGAGAGUCUUCAGAAGACAUGGGGGGUGACAUGUACUGCCACUGAGAAUGAUGUAGAUGUUUUGAUGGCUGGAUAUGCCUUUCGUCUUAAAAUUUUGCACGAAAGGGGACUUACUCUGUUAAACAAGGAAGCAGGAAAUGAUCAAGCAAAGCGUGUUCAUUCUACUGACAAGAAACUUUUUAUUCAUAGUCAGCAUGCAAGCAUGAUCAAUGGUUUACAAAGUCGUCACCCAAUAUAUGGGACAGUAGUGAGACUUGCAAAACGAUGGGUUUCUUCACAUUUAUUUUCAGCUUGCUUGUUAGAGGAGGCUGUUGAGCUAUUGGUUGCAUAUGUCUUUCUGAAUCCCUUUCCGCUUGGUGUUCCUUGCGCAAGAAUCAGUGGGUUUUUAAGGUUCCUGAGAUUACUCUCACAGUAUGAUUGGACUUAUUCACCAUUGAUUGUUGACAUAAAUAAUGACUUAAGCCCAAGUGAUGAGAAAGAAAUAAAUGUAAGUCGUGUGAUUGAGCACAUCAGUAAAGAUUGAUUGAUUAUGUUGGUCUUCAGUCAAACGUAAUAUCUUCUUGACAACUGUGGAUUUUCAGGAUAACUUUAUGAUAAGGCAUCCGAGUCUUGGACUGGAGUAUCACCAAGUGUUCUGGAACUUAAAAGGUUAGUUGCAUAUGCCAGAAGCAGUGCAAAUUUGUUGACAAAACUCACUUUUCAGGAGGAGGUUGGUCCAUAUAGAUGGGAGUGCCUUUUUCGAACUCCUUUAAACAAUUAUGAUGCCAUAAUUCUUCUCCACAAGGACAAACUCCCAUAUCCCCAAAGACUUCUCUUUCCAUCUGAAGCUGAUAAUGGAAAACUCAUUGCUAGAGGGCAUGCUAGCAUGUCUUUUCAACCCUUCUUGUUGCCUAAAGAUUUGAAGGGUAAACCAGCAGCACUUAAAAAUAAGUUGCUUAUAGACUUUGAUCCAUCAAGGUUCUUUGUCAGAGAUUUAGAGGCAAAGUUCUCCAACACAUUCAAGGUAUGGCAUGAUUCUCUGGGAGGUGAUGUAAUUGGCCUAACGUGGGUAGAAUCUUACUCUUCAAAGAAGCGGAAGCAAGAGACAGACGUGAAUGAAGCACACAACCCACCCAAGGUUUUAAAAGCAGUGGGUCAAGUUGGGAAAGGGUUUGUGAGGAGCAUAUGCUUUCUAAAGCCUCCAAAGCUCACAAACUAAUCCUUAUUCCAUUUUUGUUUUCCCUCCAGUUGUCAAUAUGAUUACGAGAUAAUUUUCGAGGUCAUUAAUAUGAUCAAUUAUAAAAUUAUCACUAAUUAUUGUGGAGGAAGUGGUUGAAUAUAGUACCGGUUGUUUGCAGCACAAGAAUACAAUUUUGGUAGGUAGAAGAGUUGGUGCAGAUUGGUGUGUAUAAUAUUUAUAUUUGUCACUAUAACCACAAGUCCUCCACAGCUCGGCAGCUCAACAAGUAUGAAGAGCUUAUGUUUUCCAUUAGUGUAAUCUGAUUGGCAUAUUAAUGUAUGCUUUUUGGGAAAUUUUAUUUAUUUAUAUUCUUUUCACGGUCCUUUGAAAAGAAGGCUGGAAAAUGUAAUGCUAUAUCUGAAUAUUAGCGCAACCGUUAUUUAGAUUCAAUACAGAAGUCCUAAUAUUGCCCAAUUAAA